GGAGGGAGAAAUGGCAGGACAGCAAUCUAACGAUCCCUACUAUUUUUACUUGUUCGAGAAGCUGUUUCACUCUGAUAUAUGUCACAAUAGGGAAGAAAAUACAGUCGCAACAUCCAUUUCAUGCCAAAUUUAAGAAAAUGUAUAAUUUCUGUUUCAGGGAAAAUGUUAAAAUACCUAUUAGGAAUCAGCAUUGCUAUCCUGCUGAACCAUGGGUGCGUUGUGGAAACUCUUGAUUUUUCAGAAAUGAGUAUGGAUUCACAGUUUAGCUACAGAGAUGAGCCAGUGCAUCAUAUCAAAAAAAGAAGUGCAGUUAUGAAUGAAUGUCUGUUCAAUUCAUCCGUAUGUGGUCCAAAUGCCACCUGCACAAAUGAAACAGGGAGUUACAUUUGCUCAUGUUCGAGUGGAUUCACUUCAACAAACUCAAGUCUCCCCGUCAGCAUCAAUAACACAUGUACAGAUACAAAUGAAUGUCUGUUCAGUUCAUCUGCAUGUGGUCCAAAUGCCAACUGCACAAAUACAGAAGGAAGUUACAAUUGCUCAUGUUUGAAUGGAUUCACUCCAACAAACUCAAGUCUCCCCGUCAGCAUCAAUAACACAUGUUCAGAUAUAGAUGAAUGUCUGUUCAGUCCAUCUGUAUGUGGUCCAAAUGCCAACUGCAUAAAUACAAAAGGAAGUUACAAUUGCUCAUGUUUGAAUGGAUUCACUCCAACAAACUCAAGUCUCCCCGUCAGCAUCAAUAACACAUGUUCAGAUAUAGAUGAAUGUCUGUUCAGUCCAUCUGUAUGUGGUCCAAAUGCCAACUGCAUAAAUACAAAAGGAAGUUACAAUUGCUCAUGUUUGAAUGGAUUCACUCCAACAAACUCAAGUCUCCCCGUCAGCAUCAAUAACACAUGUUCAGAUAUAGAUGGAUGUCUUUUCAAUUCAUCUGUAUGUGGCCCAAAUGCCAACUGCAUAAAUACAAAAGGAAGUUACAAUUGCUCAUGUUUGAAUGGAUUCACUCCAACAAACUCAAGUCUCCCCAUCAGCAUCAAUAACACAUGUUCAGAUAUAGAUGAAUGUCUGUUUAAUUCAUCUGUAUGUGGUCCAAAUGCCAACUGCAUAAAUACAAAAGGAAGUUACAAUUGCUCAUGUUUGAAUGGAUUCACUCCAACAAACUCAAGUCUCCCCAUCAGCAUCAAUAACACAUGUUCAGAUAUAGAUGAAUGUCUGUUCAAUUCAUCUGUAUGUGGCCCAAAUGCCAACUGCAUAAAUACAAAAGGAAGUUACAAUUGCUCAUGUUUGAAUGGAUUCACUCCAACAAACUCAAGUCUCCCCGUCAGCAUCAAUAACACAUGUUCAGAUAUAGAUGGAUGUCUUUUCAAUUCAUCUGUAUGUGGUCCAAAUGCCAACUGCAUAAAUACAAAAGGAAGUUACAAUUGCUCAUGUUUGAAUGGAUUCACUCCAACAAACUCAAGUCUCCCCGUCAGCAUCAAUAACACAUGUUCAGAUAUAGAUGAAUGUCUGUUCAAUUCAUCUGUAUGUGGCCCAAAUGCCAACUGCAUAAAUACAAAAGGAAGUUACAAUUGCUCAUGUUUGAAUGGAUUCACUCCAACAAACUCAAGUCUCCCCGUCAGCAUCAAUAACACAUGUUCAGAUAUAGAUGAAUGUCUGUUUAAUUCAUCUGUAUGUGGUCCAAAUGCCAACUGCAUAAAUACAAAAGGAAGUUACAAUUGCUCAUGUUUGAAUGGAUUCACUCCAACAAACUCAAGUCUCCCCGUCAGCAUCAAUAACACAUGUUCAGAUAUAGAUGAAUGUCUGUUCAAUUCAUCUGUAUGUGGCCCAAAUGCCAACUGCAUAAAUACAAAAGGAAGUUACAAUUGCUCAUGUUUGAAUGGAUUCACUCCAACAAACUCAAGUCUCCCCGUCAGCAUCAAUAACACAUGUUCAGAUAUAGAUGGAUGUCUUUUCAAUUCAUCUGUAUGUGGUCCAAAUGCCAACUGCAUAAAUACAAAAGGAAGUUACAAUUGCUCAUGUUUGAAUGGAUUCACUCCAACAAACUCAAGUCUCCCCGUCAGCAUCAAUAACACAUGUUCAGAUAUAGAUGAAUGUCUGUUCAAUUCAUCUGUAUGUGGCCCAAAUGCCAACUGCAUAAAUACAAAAGGAAGUUACAAUUGCUCAUGUUUGAAUGGAUUCACUCCAACAAACUCAAGUCUCCCCGUCAGCAUCAAUAACACAUGUUCAGAUAUAAAUGAAUGUCUGUUCAAUCCAUCUGUAUGUGGCCCAAAUGCCAACUGCAUAAAUACAAAAGGAAGUUACAAUUGCUCAUGUUUGAAUGGAUUCACUCCAACAAACUCAAGUCUCCCCGUCAGCAUCAAUAACACAUGUUCAGAUAUAGAUGGAUGUCUUUUCAAUUCAUCUGUAUGUGGUCCAAAUGCCAACUGCAUAAAUACAAAAGGAAGUUACAAUUGCUCAUGUUUGAAUGGAUUCACUCCAACAAACUCAAGUCUCCCCGUCAGCAUCAAUAACACAUGUUCAGAUAUAAAUGAAUGUCUGUUCAAUCCAUCUGUAUGUGGUCCAAAUGCCAACUGCAUAAAUACAAAAGGAAGUUACAAUUGCUCAUGUUUGAAUGGAUUCACUCCAACAAACUCAAGUCUCCCCGUCAGCAUCAAUAACACAUGUUCAGAUAUAAAUGAAUGUCUGUUCAGUCCAUCUGUAUGUGGCCCAAAUGCCAACUGCAUAAAUACAAAAGGAAGUUACAAUUGCUCAUGUUUGAAUGGAUUCACUCCAACAAACUCAAGUCUCCCCGUCAGCAUCAAUAACACAUGUUCAGUUUCAACAGUAACACCAUCAACAUUACCACCAACAACAUCACCACCAAACCAAACAUCACCAACAACAGUGUCAACAACAGCACAGACAGUUAUUGGAAUGUCAAUGAAAAUAGUUAAGACUUUUGACACCAGUCUUACUGACCCUAAUAGCAAGGAUUACAAAGAUUUAUCUGGACAAAUUAAGACAGCAAUUGAGUUAAGUUAUUCUAAAAAGUUAACUGGCUACAUUCCUAAUUCUACAAAAGUCUCUGGCUUCAGACCUGGUAGUGUUAUAGCAGACUAUACAAUAGGAGCAACAUCCAACAGCCUUGAUUUUACAGCAGCAAACACAGAUGUUUCUGACUCUCUAAAAGCACAAGGAAUCAUUUUAGCUGAAGAUGCUUUUGCUCAAAGUGAACAAAAGGACUUCACAAAAGAUGAAUUAUAUCCUUUGCAAAAGCUGGAUCUGAACUGCAUACAGCCAGACUUUGCAAAGGGACCAAUAAAAUGGAUGGUGAACAACAAAGAUCCUGCACUAGACAACACAAGAUACACCAUUUCAAACAACAGCAGCACUCUCACUGUGAAAAACACUAGUGAAAGUGACAGUGGUCAAUACUCAUGCAUCAUACAAACAAAUACAAUACCGUACAUUCAGUGGCAAAACAUUAUUAUUAAACAACGCCCCACUAUCAUUGUGGGUGAUACAUACCGUGUUUUUCAAUGUGUAAACAGCACUGUCCAACUGAGAUGUUCUGUUGAUGCUGGCUACAAUGUUGAGUGGGUCCUGAAUGAUGCAGUACAAACUUCAGUACCUGCAUCAGGCUCUGACAUCAUAUUAAACCAUCCUACUAAAAGUGGGGAUUGUAAGGAGGAAACCUUUACAUGCCGUCUCAAGGGUCUGCCAACACUACUUGAGUACAGUUACAGCUGGAGCAGAGUCACAGUAAAGACAAGCGCAGAAAAUUUUGACUGUAAAAAUGAAGAACUUGGACUUGGAAAAACAAAUGAUGAAAAGAAAGGAAUCUGUGUAAGUGGCUUUAAAGGCACCAUAACUUACAGAUGUGAAUCACGUGGGUGGAUACCAGUACAGGACAACUGUGUGUUUGAACCUAUCUUCGACCUUAAAAUCAGAGCUGAGGUCUUGCUUGUGGAGGAGAUUCCAGAGUUUAUGGCUAACCUCAGUAGUGCCACAGCACAGAAUAGUGUUAAUAUAACACAGUCUGCUGCUACUGUUCAAGCUAUUGUUCUUAUACUUUUUAAAGUUGCUAAUUUGUCACAAGCUGCUGUCAUCAAUAAUCCAGUGAUGGUGAAUUACCUAGAAACAGUGAACAUCAUUGUAUCAGGUAAUGUCAGUGAUACAUGGAACACAUUGAACAAAGGAAACACCACAGAAAACACCAGCAUUCAACUUCUGAGCGGUAUUGAGAAGAUAAGUGACCGUCUCAAAGAUGAGUUUGCGAUUAAUAAAACAUCAAUUCAGCUGAACAGAACUACAAUUAAUAACUCAUUCAGUAUAACAUCAACACUGCCAAACUCAACUACGGAGAUUGUAAUACCACAGGUUCCUAAUGUGACUACUGUAACCAUCAUAAUCUUCACAACUCUUGACAAUGUCCUACCUACUCGUGAUACUAAUAAUGACAGUAGGAAUUCAGAUGUGCGCAUCAAUGGAGAUGUGGUGGUUGUUAAAGUUAAUGAAAUGCUUAACAACAUUUCUUUUGCGUUUGACAUUACUGAUCAGUCUUUGGGAAAUCCUCAGUGUGUCUUUUGGAACUUCAAUCUUGACGGAUGGGAUUCCACUGGAUGUGAAGUAAAGCCCUCAGCGAACCAAACUGGCAAGAUUACAUGUGAAUGCAACCACACAACCUCUUUUUCAAUCCUAAUGUCACCGUUUUCCAUUGAUCACAAAGCCUUAGCCUAUAUAACUUACAUUGGAGUAACUAUUUCAAUGGCUAGCUUGGUUAUAUGCCUCAUUAUUGAGACUAUUGUAUGGAAGUCGGUAAGAAGAAAUGACACAUCCUACAUGCGACAUGUCUCCAUAGUCAACAUUGCCGUGUCCCUGCUGAUCGCAAACAUCUGUUUUAUCAUUGGAGCCGCAAUCACAGAUCAAGAGCAGCCAACCUCAGUGGGUCGCUGCAGUCCAGCGGUUUUCUUCAUGCACUUUUUUUACCUGGCUCUUUUCUUCUGGAUGCUAAUUUCAGCGCUGUUUCUCUUUUACCGUACAGUCAUGGUCUUUUCCCAGACGUCAAGGGCCAAAAUGAUGGCCAUUGCCUUCAUAGUCGGUUAUGGUGCACCUUUGCUCAUAGCAGCCAUUACUGUUGCUUCGACAGCUGGACCUCAAAAUUAUGUUUCCAAACAAGCUUGCUGGCUGAACUGGGAUGAAUCUAAGGCCCUGUUGGCAUUUGUGAUUCCAGCUCUCACUAUUGUAGCCAUAAACCUUUUGGUUUUGAUUGUGGCUCUGUAUAAGUUAUUGAGGAGAGAUGGUGCCACAACUCAACCAGAUGAGAAACAUGCCCUUGUGGUCAUUUUCCGAUGUGUGGCCAUUUUGACUCCUAUCUUUGGUCUAACAUGGGGAUUUGGAAUUGGAACCAUGGUGUCACGUGACUUGGGUGUUCAUGUGGUGUUUACAAUCCUCAAUUCACUGCAGGGAUUAUUUAUUUUGGUGUUUGGAACGCUUUUAGACAGCAAGGUUCGUGAGUCACUACGAGGAAAGCUGUCACUACAAAAAAUCAGUUCCAACCAAACCAAGAGUUCCAGUGCAGGACCAUCAUCCACAUCUGGACUCACUUUCUUUCAAAGGUUGCAACGGAAGAAUGUGUACAACGUGUCUGAAGCCAACAUUUCCUCAGCAGUUAAAGACAGCUCCAACGGCUCAUAUAACAUUAUUAACACUUAAAAGACACUCCAAAAGGGUUUCCUCCUCUGCAAUUUCUGUUACUGUUUUGUGGAAGAAAUGUUUCUAUGUUCUGAUAUUAUUAGUCAAAAAAUAAGGUUACAAUAUGACUUUAUACUUUGUUGUGUAAUAUAUGUGCAUGCAGUGAUUGGGGUGUAUGGACUUUUAUCUAUACUUGAAAAAUGGGGGUAAUUUUUCACAACUCAAGAGUAAGAGUAAGAUUCCUUUGCUUUGUGAAGUUCACUUUUUUAUUUUAUAUUAGACAUUUUAAGUGUGAGGAAUUAUUGGUUUAAUGACAUGGUUUUCUGCUCUUUUAUGAAAAAUUUCAAAUGUUUCCAAAAUUUCCAAAUAUUACUUUAGACAAUAAUUACUAAUAAUUAAAUGCCUCUUCAUAUAGUAUUUACUUGAAUAGCUUUCUUAAGCAACUCAUUUUAUACUUCUUGUGAAAUGCUAAUUUAGAUUGCUGGGUCAAAAUCAAGUACUAAUAAAACUGUUUCUUGCCUUAAUUGGAGAGAACAGUUAAAACAGACUGGAAAGUGGAGGAGAGAGAAAAUUUUAUACUAAAUUGCAGUUAUGUGAAUUAUUUUAUUUGAUUCGUUAUAUCAAUUUCUUAAAAUGCAGUUUAAUAUAUAAAAUGUGUAUAUAACAAAAUAUGUCAAACAUUAUGUAAAACAUUUUUAAUAGGAAAUCAACUCUUUAAUAUGAGCCCCUAAUUAUACAUUAUGGAAAAUGGUUCUAGGUACUAAUUUCAACUUAAAUUUAUUUUAAACUCUAAGCCUUUAAAAUACAAAGUACAAAUUAGCAUUUUGUAUUUCAAAUAGGCCUACAUGUAGCCUAUCUGAAAUACUGCAGAUGAUGAUAUGUGAUACAGAGAGAAUAUGUAUUAUGCUGGCUGUUUUAAAAUACAGCCAUACAUGUAACGAUUUAAUAAUUAUCAUGAAACCUGAGAAAUCAACUG